AAUUAUUCUAUCUUUCAUAUCAAAACACAAAGGCAGAAAAAUAUAAGAUACGUAAAAGGCUGAUUACUGCUGCUUCUCCAAAAACAAAAAACAAAAAAAAAACUUAAACGAAGUGCUGUCUCUAAAUUUUCAUUGAUUUCGCAAUUUAGUUGAUAAAGUUAUACGAACGCGUACGGAAGUGAAAAAGAAAUUACACUGCGAACAAAGUGACGAUUGUAAACAUAAGCACAAAACACUUUGGUGAUUUUUCUUUUGCUACGAGUGAGUGCAAAAGAAAAAAUCCCCAAACCCCACCUCAUAGUAAACACUCUUGCAGUGCAUUGAGAUGCAGAGUUACGGUGGAGCAACAGCGUCAGCUGCUCCCCAACAACUACCAGUACAAGAACAGCCCCAAACAAAUCUCUAUGACGCAACGCUGCGUAACAGCAACGUAGAUCAGCAGGUAAACCAUGGCACAGGUACUGCUGGCGGAGUGAAUCGGGGUGAAAGUAGCAGGCAUGAAAGCAGUGGUGAAAAUUCGCGUUGUGAAAGCGAUGAUGAAUACCACAGAAAUCAGCCAAGGUCAAGUGCGACAGUUGGUGGCAGCAUAAAUAUGGAAAACGAACGACCAAAUGUUUUCGCGCCUACCGCGACACAAUUUGGUGCAGAGCAGAGUGGCAAUGAACAACCUUCAGGCUCCACUAACAUGGAAGGUGCUUCGCCUAUGUCCUCUUACAAUGAAGAGCGAAUGCGACGAAAAUUGCAAUUCUUCUUCAUGAAUCCGAUCGAGAAGUGGCAUGCGCGUCGCAAGUUUCCAUACAAAUUCGUAGUGCAGGUGGUGAAGAUCAUCCUGGUGACCAUGCAACUGUGCCUCUUCGCGCACUCACGCUACAAUCACAUCAACUACACCUGGGAUAAUCGCAUUGCCUUUUCGCAUCUGUUUCUGCGCGGCUGGGACUCAUCACGCGAAGUGGAAUCCUACCCACCAUCCGUGGGUCCUUUCGCCUUGUAUGAAAAAUCCGAUUUCUACGACACCAUUGACUAUGCGGUGCGCGGUUACGCCAAUGUAAGUCGCUCCAUUGGACCCUACGAUUAUCCCACCGAAAACAAUGAAAUGGCGCCGCUGCAUCUUUGCCUCUACAACUAUCGCGAGGGCACAAUAUUUGGCUUUAAUGAGUCGUACAUCUUCAAUCCCGACAUCACCGAAUUCUGUUUGUACUUGCCGCCAAAUGUGACAACUCUCGGCGUGCAGGCGUACCUCAAACAGAAUGGUGUCGAGGUGAGCUUCUCGUCGCUGGUGAAAGCAACAUUGGUGUUCGCCAUUAAAACGGUGAAUUUCAAGUCAUACGGUGGUCCGCUAUCCGCGCCCGAUUGCUACAAGUUCGAUGUGACGAUUUUCUUCGACAAUCGCGAUCACGACGGCCAAAUGCUGCUGUCGCUCGACGCGGAUGCGCAACGCUUGCGCUGUCGUGGCGAUAUCGAAUUCAUUUCGAACGCCGAGUUCGAUGAGGCUUUGCGUAGCAUGCUGAAUAUACUGGUGUUGUUGGUGUGCCUGCUGUCCUUCGCGCUGUGCUCGCGCGCGCUCUAUCGUGCCUAUUUGCUGCGCUGCCAGACGGUGAACUUCUUCCGCAUGCAAUUCCACAAAGAGCUGAGCUUCGAGGGACGCAUGGAGUUUGUGAACUUUUGGUAUGUGAUGAUCAUCAUCAACGAUCUGCUGCUCAUAAUCGGUUCGUCACUGAAAGAGCAAAUCGAACGCAAAUUCCUUGUCGUGGAUCAAUGGGACACCUGCUCACUCUUUCUGGGCGUUGGCAAUCUGCUUGUUUGGUUCGGCGUGUUGCGCUACCUGGGCUUCUUCAAGACAUACAACGUCGUCAUACUGACCUUAAAACGUGCCGCACCCAAAAUACUACGUUUUCUGCUCGCCGCGCUGCUCAUCUAUGCCGGCUUCACCUUUUGCGGCUGGCUUAUACUCGGUCCGUAUCACAUGAAGUUCCGUUCGCUCGCCACCACGUCGGAGUGCCUGUUCUCAUUAAUUAACGGUGACGAUAUGUUCGCCACCUUCGCAACGCUCUCGUCCAAGGCCGAUUGGCUGUGGUGGUUCUGUCAAAUCUACCUGUACUCAUUCAUCUCUUUGUACAUAUACGUUGUGCUGUCGCUUUUCAUCUCGGUCAUCAUGGAUGCCUACGAUACGAUCAAGUGUUAUUAUCGUGAUGGCUUUCCGAUAUCGGAUCUGAAGGCAUUUGUGGGCACGCGCACCGACGAGGACCUAACAUCGGGUGUGUUCAUGAACAAUAUGGAUGACUUUGAUGGCAACGGUGUGCUGGAUGUGCUGCGCCAAGUUUGUUGCUGUGGCCGUUGUCGUGUGAGCAGCGGCAGUGCUGGUGGCAGCAAUGGCCCCUCCGGGUACACCAGUUUAACGAGUAUUAUCAAGUGAUUGCAUUAACGUUAUUGCUGAUUGUACACUGUAUUGAUACUGUACUGACGAAUGCGACCAAACGAACUGUAAACGAACGCUGACGCUUGGCAUGUGCUGCUAACGCCAACGCUGCUGAGCUGUGCUGUUGUAGACGCAGGCAUUUUUGAACGCAUGCAUUGUUCUAAUUGUAUAUUAUUAUUAUUUUUUAUAUUGAUAUUUUAGUUGUGUAGUAUAUUUUUAUACCCUGCACAAGGUAUACUAAGUUUGCCGCGACCUUUGCAGCAGCCAAAAGGAAAGAAAAGAAACGUGGGAGACCCCAAAAAGUGUAUAUGUAAAUGAGCAGUAUGAUGUGCCAAAUCAAUUUAGCCAUGUCUGGCUGUCUGUUCGUUCCUUCGUCCGUCUGUUCGUUUGUUCGUCUGUACAUUCGUCCGUUUAUACGUUUGUCUGUAUAUAUUUACGCUAACUAGUCUGUAAAUUUUUGAGAUAUCGAUCUGAAAUUUCACACCCGUACUUUUCUCCCCAAGAAGGCACUUAUUUGUCAAAACGGCCGUUGUCGCACCACUAUAGCAAAUAGCUGCCAUACAAACUGCACGAUCGGAAUAAAGUGCUUGUAUGGAAAAAUUUUAUGUUUCACGAGUUAUCUUCACGAAAUUCGGCAUAUAUUAUUUUCAAAAGCAACUCAAUAAUAUCUGCAGAAAUUUUCCAUAUCGGACUACUAUAGCAUAUACAUAGCUGCCAUACAAACAGACUGUGUGAAGGGUAUUAUAGCUUCGGUGCCACCGAAGUUAAUGUUUUUUCUUGUUUGUUAUUUUCUUUUUUUUUUGUUAAUAACGUUUAGUUGAAAGUCCAUUUUUGCUUAAACGAAAGUUUCAUCGUUAAUCGUUGCUGCAUUUACAGCCGCGUUGCCAUAUAAGCGACUCAUGCUCAUUACAUUUACAUAGAUUUCGCAAAUUAGCAUUUCUAACAACUGUGGCAUGUCAUUUAAAUCAGCAGCACUUUUUUAAGUGACAAAGUAAGAAGUAGAAAAAGAUUUUGGAGAAUAUUUUGAGGUUAGAAAGUGGUUUGUGGUUAUCUUAGCAUAUAAAUUUAUGUAAGUAUUGCAUCAGGGACUAAAGUAACGCCAACUUAGGCACAUGUUAAGCGUCUUAAUUAUAGAAAUAGUAAACAUAAUAAUACAAUAAACAACAUUUAGCUUUCUUCAAGCAAUUGCUGGCGUCCUAAAGCUCUUAAGCAGCAUAUUUUGCUGUCAUGUAUAUUGAAACAAAAAAAAACAAAAAAAACAAAAAACGCUUGCAAAAAUGCAUUGUGACUGUUGCUAGUUUUAGUGCUUGAAAAUAAAAUUAUUUUUACUGAAAAAGUUACAUGUAAAUUUUUAAAACCAAAGAGAAUAUUAUUUGUAUACAAUGUGUUGGCGACAAAAAAAAAAAUAAAAUUAAAAUAAAAAUAUUAAUUAACAAAAUGAUAAUAAAUUUAAUAAUAAUUAUAAUAAAAGAAUAAUAAAUAAAAAAAUUAAUAUAAAUAAGUAAAAAAAUAUAAAAAAAAAAUAAUUAAUAUAAAUAAGUAAAAAAAAUGUAAAAAAUAAUUAAUAUAAAUAGGUAAAAAAAUAUAAAAAAAAUAAUUAAUAUAAAUAAGUAAAAAAAAUGUAAAAAAAAAUAUAAAAAAAUAAUUAAAAAAAAAUUAAAUGUUUAAUAACAAAAAUUAUAUUAGUCAUAUCAGCAAUUCAUGCAAAAUUCCACAACAAAAAUGUUAUAACAGUCCUUUUACUGAAAAAGUUGGCAACAAAAAAAAAAUAUAAAAAAGAAUAAAAAAAUAAAAAUAAUAAUAAUUAAAAAUAAUAAAAUAAUAAUAAUAAAAAUUAAUUAAAAAUAAAAAAUAAUAAUUGAUAAAAAUAAAUAUAAAAAAUAAUAAUAAUAAUAAAAUAAUAAUCAUUGCAACAAUUCGACGCAAAAUUUCCAAAAAAAAAUUGUACAUUCUUUUUACUGAGAAAGUUGGCAGCAAAAAAAUAAUAAUAAUAAAAAAUAAAAAAAAAAAUUAAAAUAAAAAAAAUAAUAAAAUAAUAAUAAAAUAAUAAAAAAAUAAUAAUAAAAUAAUAAAAAAAUAAUAAUAAAAUAAUAAUUAUUUUAGUAAUAAAAAUUAUAAUAAUCCUAGCAAACAUACGACGAAUAAUUCCAAAAAAAAAAUUGUACUAUAGUUAAAAUUAGUGGCUCAGCGCCUAAAAGUAUGCAUAAGCCUAUAUUUCGUGUGAGUAAAGCUGACGAUAUGAUAAACGCUGACAAUAAUUGUAACACAGACUAAGCGGCACGCGUGUAAAUUUGAUAUUAAAGCAGAAGGUUGCAAAUUUGAUAGUUAAGGCAUAAGGUUGCAGGAUAACCUAACCUAAAUUUGUUAUUAAAGCACAUGGUUGCAGGGUUGAUAUAGACACAAUAUUUUUGAUAAAGCAAAAAUUUUGAAUACUAGCAGCUAAUAUGGCAUGCUGCAGCAGACUGAAAAUAAUUUGCUGCUAAAAAUAAUAAAAAAUAUAAAUUUUUUAAAGAAUUAAUAAAAAAUAUUAAUUUUCUAAAUAAAAAAAUAUCAAAAUUUUUUCCCGUUAGGUACAGAAAUUUCCAAACUUAUUUUGUAUUGCGUGAUAUUUUCUAAAAAUAACAAACUUCGCCUUAAAGUUUUGCGCAUUUCUCAUGCCUAGAAUGAACAUUUAACUUAACCAUUUCAUUACUACCCAUUCCAUUGCUAAAGCAUUUGCUCUUUUUUACCGUAUGUACUGUUAACAUUUUUCGCCAACUGCAGCGGCACUUAACUAAAUCAAAUAUGUACUGCUAAAUUUCGAUAAAUGAAUUAAAAAUCCACAAUAUUACAUACAUACAUACAUAUUUACCUGCAUUCACUGGUGCAAUUUCUGAGCGCCAUCAAAUUUUUGCAAUUUAUUUUUAUAUUUUUGUUGUUAUAUCAUCUAGAAAUUCAUGCUAAAUGCUAGUACAUAGCUACGAAAGUUUAAUAAAUUAUUACAUAUGUACUAUAUACAUACAUACAUACAUAUAAGCGCAUAUUCUAGUACGUUGUUUGUUUUGUUGCUCGAGCAUAAAGCUUCUGCAACUGCAUAAACUAUGUAUUUAUUGUAAAAAUACCGUUACACAAAUAAAAUGUUGUAGUUAAAUGAAA